CAGAAGACUUGUGAGUAUGUGCACGUGAAACACCAAUAAUUCCUCAUGCACAAGUGGGGUCUAAAUGCCACCACUUCCUCUUUUGUUCUCAUGCCAAAAUACACCACUCACAAUUCAGAAUCUCCUCCAUUUGCCCUUCGACUUCAACACUCCUACUCCUACUCCACUCACUCUCUCUCUCUUUCCCUUGCUAGCUUCCUUCCUUUAAUUUUUUCCAAAUUUAUCUUUCCUUACCAUCAAUGCCUAUGGCACCGCCAAUAUUGUUGCCAUUCUUUCUGUCCCUUCUUUCUCUCUGCCUCCUCAUCAAUGCAAACAGAGUGAUGCGUUCUUUUCAAGAGAAGAAGAUAUUCAACGUGCAAACGUUGCAGAACAAACACCAACUUGGUAACCAGGCUUGCCUCCUCCCGGAAUCAAGAAAGGAGAAAGGUGCUAUUGUACUGGAAAUGAAGGACAGAGGACAUUGCUCAGAGAAGAAAAUUGAUUGGAACAGAAGGCUUCAGAAGCAGCUUAUAUUAGAUGAUCUUCGCGUUCGUUCAAUGCAAAACAGGAUUCGAAGAGUAGCCUCCACCCAUAAUGUAGAAGCUUCACAAACCCAAAUUCCAUUAUCUUCUGGUAUAAACUUGCAAACCUUAAACUACAUAGUGACAAUGGGAUUGGGUAGCAAGAAUAUGACUGUGAUAAUUGACACUGGAAGCGACUUGACAUGGGUCCAAUGUGAGCCUUGCAUGUCAUGUUAUAAUCAACAUGGACCAAUAUUCAAACCUUCUACCUCCUCUUCCUAUCAAUCAGUUUCAUGCAAUUCAUCAACCUGCCAAUCUCUUCAAUUUGCCACAGGAAACACAGGAGCCUGUGGAAGUAGUAAUCCAUCAACUUGUAACUAUGUGGUUAACUAUGGUGAUGGAUCUUACACUAAUGGUGAGCUAGGUGUUGAAGCACUUAGUUUUGGAGGUGUUUCAGUGAGUGAUUUUGUAUUUGGUUGUGGUAGGAACAACAAAGGUCUAUUUGGAGGAGUCUCUGGCCUUAUGGGGUUGGGAAGAAGUUACCUCUCAUUGGUAUCUCAAACUAAUGCCACAUUUGGAGGAGUUUUCUCAUACUGCUUACCAACAACAGAAGCUGGUUCUUCUGGGUCAUUAGUUAUGGGUAAUGAGUUUUCUCAGAUUUCUCAGAAGAAAAAAAAUUCAUAUGGCUCUAGAUAUUUUUGA